UCCGCGGCAGGAAACGGUUCCGCCGGCAAGACGAUGUACACUUGCCCGUGAUUUAAGCCUUGAAUCCUCUCAUGCUGUGCCGAUAAUGCUGGAAAUGAAGCUGCCGAUUAUAACGGAUAAGGAAGGAGGCGUCGAAACAGCGGAGGGCGAGUUCCUGGAACGGACGGACCGGGAGAAUAUUUCCAGGGCGUUCUCUGGCCACCCAGCGUCCGGCAGCUGGGACGCGUCCCCCGGGCACGCAGCCCAGCUGGAGAAGGAAGCCGUGUUCGAGUGGUUCGGCCUGCACCUCAGCCCUGCCAGGCGGGUGGAGUUCAUGUGCGGGCUGCUGCAUAUGUGCCAGCCCCUGGAGCUCCGCUUUUUAGGAUCCUAUUUGGAAGACCUGGCGAAGAAAGACUACCAUGUCCUGCGGGACUUCGAAGUCCGGGCGAACAGCCCGAAUGAUUUGGGGAUUUUAACGGACGUGAUCGACCCUGUCAUCCGGUCCAAAUUGUUGGUUUACCUCUCCCUGCUCGGGUCCGAAAGUAGGGAAUGUGCUGGGAUACUCUUCAUGAUCCUGAGCCAUGUAGAUCCCGCCUUGUUCUCCAAAAGCUACGGCCACCCGCGGCCUCCAUUUCGGGACCCCUCUCAGCCUCCCUCGCGCCAGCGGGUGUGCCAGGAAGGAGCCGCGUUCGGCAAGGCAGAACCGGCGUGCGGGCUGCCCGCCGGCGAGGCAGCCACCGGACCCCUGGAACAACUGGCUCUGCUCUUCACCAUGGCCUCGCUGCACCCCGCCUUCCCUUUCCACCAGCGGGAGGCGGUCCGGGGGCAGCUGGACAAAAUCGACCUGGCCAUAGCGGAGGGAAGACGACAGACUCAUCCAAGAGUCAAUGCCCAGCUGGCGAGGUGCCAGAAAAAAGACCACCUGUCACCUGGAUUUGGACUGAGGCUGGGGGAGUGCACCACCUCGCAGGCCUCUGGCCAGAGCAGGCGCUCAGGCCCCACACAACCCAGCUUCAAGGUCACACAAAAAGAAGCAGUGCAUUUAGAGGGGAUUUUGCUGAAAAGUAUCUUUCAGAGAAAAACAGACAAGGAAUACAACUUUGAGGUGAAGUGGUCAGACUCUUCGUUUAGUAAUGUCACCAAAACCCACAUGGAACUGGAGAACUUCUUGCUGAAGCUUCCCAAAGAGCAGUGCACAGAGUCAUUUGAGAAGGGUAUUCUGAGGCUUCUCAACCAGGGCGAGAAGUUUGAGAACAGGGAGGUGGAGAAGAAUCUCAGGGAGAGAUUCUUGUCCGCCCCUUCAGUCUUCAGACGGACCAGGAAGGUGUGCAGCUUCUUCAACUGCAGUUCUACCUAUGCUACAAAAACCCCCUGCUGCAGGUAUUCUGAGCUGCAUGUGCAGGGACACAAGAAAAAGCAUGGAACCAAGAGUCCCUUUCAGGCGGCCAAAGGCUCCCAGGGGGAGAGCCGGAGACCGGCCCACUGUGCCGAGCACAACGGACAGGCGGAGUGGUGGAACAAGAGCUGUGCCCAGAAGAACCAGGGAGCUGGGACCGAACAGCAUCAGGACGGUGACAGGAGGAGAAGCCAUUCAGGCAGCAGAACCAAAACCAAAACCUGGGACCUGGCCACAGAUAGGGAGAAAAGGAAUAAGGGGGCUGUCUAUACGACUAAUGGAAGUUUAAGGCAGCCGGCAUCAUCUGGCGGCAGACAGCCACAGGGGCCAGACCGGGGUCUGUGCCCAGACACGUAUGGUGACACAUCAUCAGAGAGCUGCAGCUCCCCCUCCAGCCCCCAACACCUGAGACCAGAGAGCCCCGACACCGAGGACGAGAAGAAUAAAGAUACAGACAGCCACUCAGAUGACUCCCGCAAAAGUCCAGUGCCUGACACCUUCCCCCACCAGAAACAGUCUUUGGUGGGGCAGGGCACUUCUGUUUUCCCGCUGUCUUCCACCAGUUAUCAGGGCCAGAUGAAGCCCCUUUGCCCAGAGACGAGCAGCAACUUUCGCACACUUUCUUUCAUGCAUUCCCUGCCAUAUGUUGUCCCCAGUGGGGCUGCUGACUCUCCAUAUCCAGUGGACCCUACUAGCAGUGAAAGUGCCAUUCAUGAUGAAAAACCGUCUUCUGGGACACUGAUAAUGCCCUUACCCCUUGUGCCUCCAGCUUCCCUAGGACUUGGCGUUUCAGGAGACCCAGAUAAGGGAAAAGUUUCCCAGACCAUGUUUCCUGCCUUUGGCACUCCAGCCUUGGGUCCACAUGCACCACAUAGUCCCACUUUCCAGCCUCUCAUCCAAAGGUUCAAAGCACCAAUGUCUGAAAGCCAGAGUGUUGCAGAUGGAGCUUCUGGAAGUAGCUGUGCUCCUGCUGCCCUCCCAGCCUCUCAUAAGGCCCCUAUAGGCGCUAUCAGUGUAAUUUCUCCAGGCCCCACAUCGUUCUCUUCUCCUCUCCAGCAUGCUUACCCCAGCUCAGACCCAGCAAGUAUCAGCUCAGGGCUGUCCCACUCUGUGCCUCUGAUGGAGGCCUCAACUGCCAAGCACCCCGGCUUAGCCUUACCUUCUAGCAUGCCCUCACCCUACACCAUGCCACCUCUUCCAACCUCUGUCAUGCCUGCCAGUGCUUCUUUAGGUGCUGGAGGACUAGCCCAAUCUGCUGGGCAGAUUCAGGCAGCUGUGCCCCCUGCGGUGCCUACUCACACUUCGGGGCCAGCCCCCAGUGCAAAUCCUGCACUCACCCACAGCACAGCACACACUGACUGUACCUCCUAUAUAAACAGUAGCACCUCUGGUGGAACCACUCCUGUUAACCCUAGCCACUCAAUUGCUCAGCAACAGCAAGUGACUUCCCAGCAACUAACUCCUCCUCCUCCGCAGCAAACAAUGGGCUGUGGAACCUGUGGUUGUCACAACAACUGUGGGAGAAGCAACAGCGCUAAUGGACCAUUCGCUGGCCACGCCCCUUUUUUCUUUCCCACACACCAAAUGGCAGCAGCAGCUCGGCAGUUGUUUGGCAUGCCACCAGGUCUUUUCCAGCUCCCUCCCCCAUGCAGUAAUAGCUACCUCAAUCAGGCCCAACCCCAACAUCAGUCUAACGGUGCGACGACCCUGCCUCCUUUCUUUCCUACAGCUCCACCAGCUGCACCCCCCUCACCCUAUGGCCCGCUCCACAGGCACUCUCACAGUCAUAACCAAUCAGAUGUGCCCUCCCACAUGUUGGGCACCCAGGCUGCAGUGGUUGCCGCCGCUGCAGUGGCCAACUAUACCCUUCAACAGCAGAUGGCCCCUGCAGUAGCUUUCUGCCAGCGCUUCUACCAGCAUGUCUACCCCAACACCCUGGGAUUGUUGCCAGGGGCCACUGCUGCAUCAAUAGGGGCUACUGGAGUCAACAAGAAGAAUGGUAAUGUGUCCUGCUACAACUGUGGCAUGAGUGGACACUAUGCACAGGACUGCAACCAACCCUCCAUAGACUCUACGCAGCAAGGUGGCUUUCGGCUGAAGUAUGCAGCGUCUCACAUUUCUGAUGCUCCUGACACUGCUGAGUGAAGAAGGGAAGUGAGAACAUGAUGUCUUCAUCUCUGGUUCCUCCAGGCUCCUCUCCUCAUCCCAGUGAGAACAUGAUGUCUUCAUCUCUGGUUCUACCAGGCUUUUCUUCAUCUCUGGUUCCACCAAGCUCCUCUCCUCAUCCCAGUGAGAACGUGAUGUCUUCACCUCUGGUUCCACCAGGCUCCUCCCCUCUUCCCAGUGAGAACAUGAUGUCGUCAUCUCUGGUUCCUCCAAGCUCCUCUUCUCAUCCCAGUGAUAACAUGAUGUCGUCACCUCUGGUUCCUCCAGGCUCCUCUUCUCAUCCCAGUGAUAACAUGAUGUCUUCACCUCUGGUUCUACCACCAGGGUCCUCUCCUCAUCUCAGUGGUCUCCAGAGACCGGGCUUAACAGAGACGUGAGACUUUUCUGUUCCAGGAAAAGGAGCAGGAAAUGUUGUGACUGUAUGGAGAUCUGCAGUCUCCUUGAUGUCAGAAUCACUUUUGAAUUCUCCAUGUUUCCAGAAGACACUCAGCUGUCUGAAAGUUAAUGCUGUCAAGGGCUCGCUGGACAGAACCAGACUGCUGGUGCCUGACAUGAGAUAUGAAAGCAAGAGGUUUUUGUUCUUUUUACUACAAGAAGAAUUCUCACACACACCUUCCAGCCUGCCCUGUAGUGAGUGGGUUUUCUGGGAGACGGGGAUUUGCACUGAAGACUGGUGUAGACCUAGUUGAUAACAUUAACUUAUUACUUCUUAAGAUUAGCGAAUGGCAACACGGCACGCUUCCAGGAGGGUUUUGUGGGUUUUACUGAAGACGACACACUUGAGCAGGGUUCAAUUCAAAAGAUUGUUAUACAAUUUUAUUGUGUUUUUAUUUAACAUAUUUAUGCUUCAUCCUUAUUCUUGUUCUUUAUCAGUAACUUUGUUAUUUGACCAGCUUUAUUUUUCCAAAUGAAAACAAAGGUUAAAAGACUAAUGUUAGCAAACUGCUGGGCUCCUGUUCUCUGUUCUUUCUGAUUUUUCCUGUAAUAAAUGUACAACAUUAAUUUAAGAUUUAUUAAGGAAUCUGUCAAUGUUGUUUUUUGCCACUUAAUAUAUAAUGUGAAGUACGUAGGAAGUCAGAGGUUUCAAACAUCGACGUGUCUGUUUUGCAUAGUCAAUGCUCUUACUUUUAUUUGAGUUUCACUUUGAAAAUUGUACGGUUAAUUAAUAUGCACUAAAGCUAAUCAGAAACACACCGGAUCAGAAGUGUGUACUUGACAAAACAACCACACAUUUAAGUAAUCCUGCCAUUACAAUUCAUUUAGUUUGAAUUUGGUUCAAACAUAAACCUCACAAAUCAUAUUUAGUUCAAGCUUUGCUGAUGAUGUCACAACACAGGAGCUUUUCUACUGUACUGACAGGGAAGAAGGUCAGCACUCGUGGGGACUGAUGAAACUUUAUUGUUUUCUUUCCUGUUCGCUGUAAUGAGAAUAGAUGUUGCUUUUAAUUAUAACUUUAUCCAGCACUUCCUGUUAGCAGUUAUCUUCCCAACCAUGACAGCUUAUCUUCCUCCCUACACUGUUUCUCAAUGAACACGUCCUGUGUUUUAAUGAACACAUGUCCUGUAUUUUACCAGGAGAUGUACUGUAUAUUACCAGGACUGACUCAUGACCUGUAUUUUACAGCACUGAGUCAUGACCUGUAUUUUACAGCACAGAUUCAUGACCUGUAUUUUACAAGGACGGACUCAUGACCUGUAUUUUACAGGAUGGACUCAUGACCUGUAUUUUACAGCACUGACUCAUGACCUGUAUUUUACAAGGACGGACUCAUGACCUGUAUUUUACAGCACUGACUCAUGACCUGUAUUUUACAGCACUGAGUCAUGACCUGUAUUUUACAAGGACGGACUCAUGACCUGUAUUUUACCAGGAUGGACUCAUGACCUGUAUUUUACAAGGACGGACUCAUGACCUGUAUUUUACAGGAUGGACUCAUGACCUGUAUUUUACAGGAUGGACUCAUGACCUGUAUUUUACAGCACUGACUCAUGACCUGUAUUUUACCAGGAUGGACUCAUGACCUGUAUUUUACAGCA